AAGAAGAAUUGUGUCAGCAUGUGCAUUGAACGUCCGGUUUCCGGAAAGGCAAAAGAAUGGGCGGAUGAUGCCAUCAAUGCAUCUCAGAUGCAACCGCCAUCAGUUGCAAUGGCAUCCGAUGUUCGGGAGAUAGCAGCUCGUCAACAGCAAAAAAUGAUGGAAGCGAUGGAAACUAAGAAGCCUGGAAUAAUGAAAAAAAGUGACAGUAAAGGAAGAGGAUCUGAUGCUCUCAAAAUUGUGAAAAUUGCACCAGGUGAAAAGCACGAUGUGAUAAUAGCAAGUGAUAAUGAAGGAAAGCAAUUGAGACGUGUGAAAGAAUAA